UUCAAAACUAGAUUUUGUUUUUUUAACAAUUCUUUAUUUUUACUCAUUAAUAUUUUUUGUUGCAGCAUCUUCAUGAUGGCCAAAAAUAUCAAAGCAAUCUAAUAAAUUCUAGGUAUCUUUUAGAAAAGAAUAAAAAGGCUUAUGAAAAGUCUUUUAAAGAAGCUGAGAAAGCCAAUGAUACUUUUAUAAAGAUUGAUGCUGAUAUUAACCUCUCUAGAGCUGAUGUGGAAAAAGCACGCAUGCACGCUCAACUAAAAAGUCGAACUUGUGAAGACAGUAAAACUGAAUAUGCCAAUCAACUACAAAAGACAAAUGAACUACAAAGGGUUCAUUUUACAGACCUUAUGCCAAAUAUUUUCCAGCAACUUCAAGAUAUGGAAGAAAGGAGAAUUGCAUGUGUACAAAGUGUAAUGAAGAGGACAGCAGACGUGCACAAACAGGUUCUACCAAUCAUCCAGAAAUGUUUGGAAGGCAUUGUCAAUGCAGCAGAAUCUAUUAAUCCUCGAGAAGAUUCGUAUUUGGUAAUUGAAAAGUAUAAAUCUGGUUAUGAUCCACCUGAAGAUAUUCCAUUUGAGGAUUUAAGUAACAGAAAUGGUGAUCUAUCUAAUACUGUAUCAUCAAAUAGAACUGAUAUUCUGACAGUGAAAGGAACAUUAUCUGGAGGUAGAUCUAAGAAGCGAGGAAGAAUUUUAAAUAUCUUCAGCAGUGCAAAGAACACCGUUGAUGAAAUAAAGGAGGACUAUAGUGACUUACCACCUCAACAGAGAAAAAAGAAACUGCAGCAAAAAAUAGAUGAAAUAAAAUCUAAAAUACACCAAGAAACACAGGCAAGAGAUGCACUCAUGAAAAUGAAAGGAGUAUAUGAACAAAAUUCAGCUAUGGGAGAUCCUGCUUCUGUAGAUGGACAGUUAGCAGACAAUGGCUUAAAAUUAGAAAAAUUACAAAAUGAGCUACAAAAGUUUCAGGGUUAUAUGUUGGAAGCUGAAGGUCAUGGAAGUGGGUUGAGUUUAAGUCGAGAACACAGAAAUAGUCUUUCUGAAGAUUCACUUUCACGAAGUGCAUCAGAUUCCAGUGUGUGUAAUCCCAAUGGCAACAUUAAUUACAAAAUAUCUGCUCCAAAUACUCCACAGCAAAUGCAUGGGUUUUCUAACAGCCCUGAGAGCGGUAUUGGAACAAGCCAACCAAGCAUUACUGAUGAUGUCGAUUGUUAUCCUGAUCCAGAAUUUGAGCAUGAAUAUGAGUAUAAUGAUGAAUUCGAUGCAGUACUAGGGACUGGAAAAGCCUUGUAUCCAUUUACAGGACAAAGUGAAGGCUCCAUUGAUGUGUGUGAAGGUGAAGAAUUUGAUAUUGUUGAACUUGAUCAAGGUGAUGGGUGGACGCGCGUCCGGAAACGCAAUUUUGAAGAAGGAUUUGUUCCUACAUCAUACAUAGAAACGUAUUUGUACAAUAACUGUUGAUGCAUCAUUUAUUAAAAGCAGUAUACAGCAUGAAGAAAGAAGAGUCAUUAAUGUGUUCUUUCAUUGUGAUUUAACUUUUUAGGAAUUUAAAUGCCUAGAGACAUUAUUAUUGAGAUUAAAUAUAUUAUUGAAAUUGCUUCUAGAUUGCUAAGCAGCUGAGCCAUUGGAGGUAUUAUUUAAAUAUAUGACACAGUUUCCAUAAUGAAUGGAUAUAUCUGAAGAGGUGACUAUAUUUCUUUUCAGUUUUAUCUUGUUGGACAUAUAAUAUGCUGAAUGUCUUUCAUUUUACAAUCAGUAUAACAGACAUAUAUAUGUAUAUGUUUUGUUACUCAACAUCUAAAAUUUUUAUAUGUGUGUAUAUAUAUAUAGUCACCUUUUGUGAUAUUGAAAGAACAGGCUCAAGAUUCUAUGUUGUAGGAAGUAUUAUUCCCCUUCUUUUUUGUUCAUGAUUUUGAAGCACUGUAGACUAUAUUAGUACUGCAGUUUGCUCCUGUGUUACUGAUGUGAUAAAUUUAAUGUUUUUCUGAAUGAAUUCAGUAUUUCUAACUUUACCAUUACAAUCAUUAUUGUGACUUGUUUGUAUUGUAUGUAUUAUAUGUUAUUGCUCAAGGUUAUAUUCCAUUUCAUCUUUCAAAUAACAGUAAGAAACUGUGUCCUUUUGUAAUAUCUUUUAAUGUAAAUAUAGCAGUUGUGAAUAAUUUAUCAAUUUUUAAAAAUUUUAUUAUAGCUAAAGGGGAUUAAAUGCUAAAGUAUUUUAAAUAAUUCUUUUUGUAAUUCAGUUUGUAAUAUGAACUAUAAAUGUAUUUUUAUAGAAAAUUUAUCUUUUUACAAUGUGCAAGAUAUGAUAAUAUUAGUGCCUUUUAAAAUGUUGACUGCCUUUAUAUAAGUGGUUAUACAAGUAACUGUCAGUUUAUUAUAGCUUUUUUAAUUGAAUUUUAAUAUGCCAUAUAUUUUGAAUGAGAAUAUAUUGAGACUGUUUUUAUAGUUCCUGGUUGUACAUUUCACCAGAAUUUUAGAAAAUUUUGUACCUUUAUAAUUAAAUUCCUGAAUUGUGCAUGCUUUGGUCAUGCUGUUUAGCCAAAUUCAUUUUGAUACUUUUUUUGCUGAAUAAAGCUUAAUGCACGAA